AUGACUUGGCAUGCAUAUAACAAAAGUAAUGAUGGAGUGCUUCGGCAUCCAGUUGACGGUGAGGCUUGGCAACACUUCAAUCUCACCCAUGAAUCAUUUGCUAUGGAACCUCGAAAUGUUCGGCUUGGGUUGUGUGCUGAUGGUUUCAAUCCAUUUGGCCCGGCUUCAAAACCAUAUUCUGUGUGGCUAGAUCUUGUCUGGGUGGAGUACUCAUGGAAGAUUAUCUUGUCCAUACUGCAUGGAACAUACAAAGUCUUUUAUAUUAAAUCAUGUACUGAAAGGGUUCCAGGCUAUGGAGACAACCAUCAUUGGGUGAAGAAAAGUAUUUUUUGGAAGUUGACAUAUUGGCAUACCAAUCUUAUUCGCCACAAUUUGGAUGUCAUGCAUAUUGAGCGAAAUGUUUUUGAUAAUAUCUUCAACACAGUAAUGGAUGUCAAAGGAAAAAUCAAUGACAACAUCAAGGCACGAAAGGAUUUGGAGUUGUAUUGUAGACGGCCACAAUUGCAUUUGAUUGAAAGUAAUGGACGGACUUUCAAACCUAAGGCAUCUUAUUGCUUGAGUAAAGAGCAAAAGAAAUGCAUAUGUGCAUGGGUGAAACAGUUGAGACUUCCUGAUGGUUUCGCAUCAAACAUAGCACAUUAUGUAAAUGAGGCCCAAAGCCAAUUAUAUGGGAUGAAAAGUCAUGAUUGUCAUGUAUUCAUGCAACGAUUGCUUCAGAUUGCAUAUCGAGGUCUUUUGCCCAAUUCAAUUUGGGAUGUGAUUACUGAACUAUCUCAUUUCUUUAGAGAUAUUUGUUCAACUGAAAUCCAUAUCGAUCAUAUGUUAUUAUUGGAAGAAAAUAUCAUUAAAACAAUUUGUAAGAUGGAAAAAAUCUUUCCUCCGUGGUUUUUUGAUAGCAUGGAACAUUUACCAAUACACCUACCGUAUGAGGCUAAGGUGGGUCGGCCUGUACAAUAUCGCUGGAUGUAUCCAUUUGAGAGAUUUUUGCAUCAUAUCAAGAAGAAGGUGAAAAUUUUGGCUUGUGUUGAGGGAUCCAUUUGUGAGGCAUAUGUUAUUGAAGAAAUUUCAUUUUUUUGCUCAUCAUAUUUUGAACCCAAUGUGGAAACAAACUUGAAUUGCGUUCCACGUAAUGAUGAUGGUGGUGAUAUGGAACCAAUGGGACGUCUAUCAAUUUUCACACAUCCCGGGAGAUUUCUCGGUGCGAAGCCAUUAUUUCGAUAUCUAAAAGUUGAUGAGUACUAUGCUGCAGAAUUAUAUAUUCUAAUGAAUUGCACGGAGGUCACCCCCUACAUUGACAUCUUUGAUGAAAUGGUUAAAGGAGAUUCUCCUUAUAUAAGAGAAGCUGAACUAGAGAAAGUGCGAAAUACAAGAUUUGCACAAUGGUUCAAAAAUUAUAUUCAUAGAGAUGAAAUUGAUGAUCGUCUUAUUGAGAUUUCUUAUGGCCUGGCUCGUAGAGUACAAUGCUACAAAGGAUAUUUUGUAAAUGAUGUCAUUGAGUUGGAAUAUUUUGGUGCUGGAAAUAGGGUUGUACUUUUCAAAUGCCAAUGGUUUGAUACAGACAAAGGAGUAAGAGUACACCCCACUCAUGGCCUUAUUGAAAUUAAACACACUUCACUUCUUCGAAGUGAAGAACUCGAUGACCCUGCAGUUCUAGUUGAUGGUGAAUUUGAGGAGGUGAAUCCAUCAAUAAUGGUUGAUGAUGGUGAAGAUGGACAAGAAGAUGGAAAUGAUGGGUUAGAAGAAGAAGAUGAAUAUAGUGAUGAUAGUGAUGAUGAUAAAGCUACUGAAGAUGAAUUGCAACAUGAAGACAAUGAGUUUGCAUCCUCUGAUGAUGAUUAG